AAGAAUGGAGUUGUCUUGUGUGAGCUUCAAUUUGCUAUUUUGCUUGCAGAGGCACAAAGCAAAGGAAGCCACCACCACCUCUCUCUCUUUCUCUGGGAAAUUCGCUUAAAGCCUCCCUUUUCUCCCCGUAAACGACGUCGUUUCACUCUCACUCUACUACUUGUAUUUUUUUUGUUUCCUUUUCUGAUUUCGGUUUCAGUUUCGGUGUUAGUGUGAGUGUGAGACUCUGAGAGAGAGAGAGAGAGAGAGAGAGAGAGAGAGGUGCAGCAGAAGGAGCAAUGGACUCGCGAGCUCAGUAUAAUCCGCGCACCGUGGAAGAGGUUUUUAGGGAUUUCAAGGGUCGCCGAGCAGGUCUCAUCAAAGCCCUCACCACCGAUGUUGAAGAAUUCUACAACCAAUGUGACCCUGAGAAGGAGAACUUGUGCUUGUAUGGAUUUCCUAGCGAGCAGUGGGAAGUAAAUUUACCCGCUGAAGAAGUUCCACCAGAGCUUCCUGAGCCUGUGCUGGGCAUUAACUUUGCUAGGGAUGGCAUGCAAGAAAAAGACUGGUUAUCUUUGGUCGCUGUUCACAGCGAUGCGUGGUUACUUGCUAUUGCCUUCUAUUUUGGAGCCAGAUUUGGGUUUGAUAAAGCUGAUAGGAAACGCCUUUUCAAUAUGAUUAAUGAAGUGCCCACAAUAUUUGAAGUUGUUACUGGUGCAGCCAAGAAACAAGUGAAGGAGAAGUCUUCAGUUUCGAACCAUAGUGGCAGCAAAUCAAAGUCCAACUCUAAAGCACAGCGUGCUCCGGAACCACAGGGUAGGCAGCAAAAGGCAUUGCAAGCAAAAGAUGAGGACGAUGAACUGGACGAGCAAGAAGAUGAUGAACACGGGGAAACCUUGUGUGGGGCAUGUGGCGAGCAUUAUGGCACCGAUGAAUUCUGGAUUUGCUGUGACAUUUGCGAGAAGUGGUUCCAUGGGAAAUGCGUGAAGAUCACCCCUGCUAGGGCAGAGCAUAUCAAGCAGUACAAGUGCCCAUCAUGCAGUAAUAAGCGAACUCGCCCCUGACAUAAGCAAGUUACCAUCAAUGACAAGCCGUUGUUGCAGUCUAUGCUUGUUUCAGGUUAUUCUGUUGAAUCCUAGGUGUUGCAGUUAAUGGAUAAUUUCUAUUUGACUCUUGUAGGUUUGCUUUUCUAGUCUGUAGAGGUUUUUCUGAGUUGGUUAUGUUCAUGUCAGCUGCAAUUCAUUCAUAACUUGUCUUUAAUCAAGCUGUAGCUUAUGCAUUGCUGACUUGGGAAGCUGUAAUCUUUUCCCAAAUCUUAGGGGAAACCAGGGAGUAAUGAUUAUAAACAUUUAUUUAAAAUUGUCUACUUAAUUAUUUUCUGCCUAUUAGAA